UAGCAGAUGCCAAAGGGUGCCUAUAAAUGAAGAGUCUAUGGACCCUUGUAAACUCUAAGGAACUGGGAUGUGGAUCUCUCUCUGUGAGCCUCCCGUAGGACGCUCUAAGGCCUUUCAAGGCAAUGACGUGUUCUAUUGAGUUCUCAAAUCCAACCAGAAUAUCAAUGUGCUAUAUUCCUACAUGUUUCUUUUCCCUGUGAAAUCUGUGCUUAGUGCUUAAUUGACAUGAUGAGUAGGUAUUUAUUGCAUGUUGUAAAUAAUCAAGGAUAUGUUCUUCAAUGUAGCCACUACAUGCCUAUGAUCUGGCCGGAAGGAAUUGCUCUGCCCUGUGUAAUAUACUGCCAUGGAAAUAGUGGUUCCAGAGUGGAUGCCAGUGAAGCUGCUAUUAUAUUGUUGCCAUCAAAUGUUACAGUUUUCGCUCUUGAUUUCUCUGGUUCUGGACUCUCUGGAGGAGAGUAUGUCACUCUUGGCUGGAAGGAAAAGGACGACCUCAGAGCUGUAAUUGAUUUUCUACGGGCAGAUGAGAACAUUUCUUCAAUUGGUUUGUGGGGACGUUCAAUGGGUGCUGUUUCUUGCCUGAUGUAUGGAGCUGAGGAUCCUUCCAUUGCAGGAAUGGUCCUGGACAGCCCCUUCUCGAAUAUGGUUGAUUUGAUGAUGGAAUUGGUGGACAGUUAUAAAUUUCGGCUUCUUAAGUUAACCGUUAAGCUUGCAAUCCGCUACUUGCGAAGAGCGGUCUUGAAAAAGGCAAAUUUCGACAUUAAGAACUUGAACACAAUCAAGAUUGCAAAAUCUUGCUUUGUUCCAGUUCUGAUUGGCCAUGCCGUUGAUGACAAUUUCAUACAACCCCAUCAUUCUGAUCGCAUAUUUGAUGCUUAUAUGGGGGAAAAGAAUAUAAUCAAAUUUGAGGGUGAUCAUAACUCCCCGCGCCCUCAAUUUUAUUUUGAUUCAAUAAGUAUCUUUUUCAACAACAUAUUACAAACUCCAGCAGAUGAACUAACGAGUACACUUUUUGACUUGUCUCCCAAGUAUUUCGGCGAGGAUAAAUUGAGCACUGCUUGUGAUGUUGAACACACUGAUGAUUUAUUGGUUUUGCCUGCAGCUGAUAGUACAGAAGAUGCCAUUAAGCGUCUUGGCUCCAGCAUAGUGGUCCUGGCAGAUCUAUUAUCCGAAGAUAAAAAAUUAGAUGCACAGGAACAAGGUUUUGGAUCUGGUUCUCGUGAGUUUUCUUCUAAUAUGAUCAGCUUUGAACUUUCUAGCGGCAGUGUCAACAGUUAUCAUACACCUGCAUCCAUAGAUUAUGACAAAUCCGUGGAGCGCCGAAACGCCACAGAUUUCCCGAGCAAUGUAGGGGAAGAAGAAAGGAUGUUCAUGGAAGCCAUGUUUGAGUCGCUGAAGAAUUUGGAACCAGACGAUUAUUCUUCUACGCAGGGUAACUUGUUUGAAACUCUGUCCACCACCAGCACUUCAGCAGCCAAUGAUUAUAAUUUACCUAGAGAAUCUCUACGUAAAUCUACUCCCUAUUUUGAAGCAGAGAUUAGUGAAUCUUCUCCAAAUGACAGUUCAGCAAAGAAUGUGGCUUCUUCCCGUAGAGAUGCUCUAUCUGAUAUCGACAUGGCUGAUCAUAAGAGGGUCACCGUAAAAGUUGUGAAGAACCCGACAACGAAUAUUAUGGCUGGUUUGCAGCGUCGUUGGGAACUCAAUUUCUUUCAGAGUAGAUGAUCGUAGUUACUAUCGUUAGGGACAUAUUUACUUGUAUAUUGUGAUGUGAAUUGUAUGGAAAAUUUAUCAAAAGAAGUUCCUCAGCCAUUAAUCCUGUUGUUAACUGGGGAUAACUGGCUGGGAAGGAGAUUAUAGCUUUAAUUCUUAACAAUGGUGAUAAUAAUAUGUUUGCUAGCGAGAA